AGUUUUACUACAAUUAUACAUAUGAUUUCAUAAGUGCGAUGAGAACUCGUCAACAAAAAUACUUUGCAUUUGUAUUUAUGGCUCAUUUAACUCAUAAUAACGCCAAUUAUGCCGGUUAUGCAGAUCUACCCGUUUAUACACUCCUUUCGCAACUCUUUGACAAUAAUCUACUCAACGAUACAAUUCUGUUCCUAUACUCAGACCACGGCAUAAGGUUUGGCAAAAUGAGAUCAACUGCUUCGGGAACUCUUGAGGAGAGACUUCCAUUCGUUUACAUAUAUUUACCGCAAUCUUAUAAAAGCGAUUCAAUAGACAAAUAUCUUCGCAUAAACUCUCGUCGACUCACAACUCCUUUUGAUAUUUACGCCACUCUUAGGCAUAUCGCUAAAGGAAAAGCUGAACCAAAUCUAAGUCAUGGCAUGUCUUUGUUCAAUGAGAUCCCAGUCAACCGAAGUUGUGAUAGCGAGCAGAUAUCGGAGCACUGGUGUACAUGUGCUCAACAACACAACCAAAUCAAAAGCUACGAAAACAUUACAUUCAUUGCAAACUUCAUAGUGUCUGAAGUGAACCGACUAUUAAUGCCGGUGUCCCAGUUGUGUCACAAAUUAGUGUUCAAUAAAAUUCAUUCAGCGUUUGAAUCGCAAAGAAAUGAAACCCAUUACCAGAAGUACUACUUAAUCAAACUUAUAGUAAAACCCAGUUAUGCCGUCUUUGAGGCCACAGUACGUAAAAUGUUUGAUAAACUCAAGAUAAUUGGUGAUAUUUCUCGCAUUAAUAAAUAUGGC